AUGGGCGGCAGACUUUCCAUGCCCAAGGCCGCCGAUGGCAUGAGCGAAACCUCCAAACCAACUUCGGCCAAUGCAGCAGCGCGCCUUACGCGGGGUCGAGGUAUCAUCAAUGGCCGUACCAUCAUGGCGCCCCUAGCCGCCCUCACCAUGGCUGGCCUUCUCUUCGUAUACGCCCGAACCUCGAUACGCGCAGCGAAACUUAACGCCCAAAGACAUCGAGAAGCAGACGGUGGACAGAUCAGCUGGCACAAGGAGAGUAUGAGGCGGCACGGUCAGAUGGAGAGGCUAGACGAUGAUAGAGGGACGUUUAGUGAAGCGCUUAUGGGAGACAUUCGCAAGAAGAAACAGCAAAAGGUCGACGAGAACCAGAAGGCGCCAAUAGAGAGAUCCGACAACGACGCUGAACUGAGAAAGAUUAUGGGAAAGAAAGACUGA